CAGAUGAGCCCGCAGAGAAGCGCGUGCUCACCUCGACCAGCUGAACCCAACAGUCGCUGAGAGGACGAGGAAGUUCGGUAUGCAGAAGCAAUGCUGACUGACCUGCACGCAGCUAUGGUACCGAAGCGCGACCGGGUGAAGUUAGAGGACCGAGAGCACACACAGGCGGCGUGUGAGUGCCAAAGUCAAUGCAACAACUGCAAAAUCUUCCUGAGUUUAUUCAUCCUCUCGCUCUCUCUGCACCUCAUCACGCUGUUCUGCUACAUGGACCUGCGCUCGGAGCUCAAACGAGAAAUAUCGCAGAAGAACAAAGAUGAUGUGUCAUCCACGGAGCCAAUACCGCACUAUGAAGCCACAGCGCCAGUGCUCCGGUUACCGGACACCGACAACCCAACAAUAGGCGACCAGAGCAGAUGGAGGGAUGAACAUACAAGAGAGCUGGAAACAGUCAUUCAUCGUACCAAACGUUCAGAGAGUAAUGGAAAAAAGAAAGGAGAGCGGAAAAAAGGCAAGAAAGGGCCCCCUGGUGCUCCCGGACCUCCAGGCCCACCCGGUCCACAAGGCCCUCCCGGAAUACCAGGGAUACCGGGCAUACCAGGCAGUAACGCAAUGGGUCCCUCUGGCCCUCCUGGACCAGCAGGGCCUCCAGGACCACAAGGGCCACCUGGACCACAGGGACCUACAGGUGGUGCAGAUAAAGGCAAAUACAGAGAGACACAGCCAGCUGUGGUGCAUCUUCAGGGUCAGGAAACCACUAUCCAAGUGAAAGAAGAUUUGUCAGAAGGUGUGUUGAAGAAUUGGAGAAUGAUCUCAAUUCAUCAGAGAGUGUUUAAAAUGCAUUCGCGCUCUGGAGAGCUGGAAGUCUUAAUCGAUGGAACAUACUUUAUAUAUAGUCAGGUAGAAGUAUAUUACCUGAAUUUUACGGACAUAGCAAGUUACGAGGUGAUGGUGGAUAAGACUCCAUUCUUACGCUGCACACGAAGUAUUGAGACCGGCCAGCGCAAGUUCAACACCUGUUACACAGCAGGGGUGUGUUUGUUGCGAGCCCGCCAGAGGAUCUCCAUCCGCAUGGUAUACGAGGACACCUCCAUCUCCAUGAGCAACCACACCACCUUCCUAGGCAGCAUCCGCCUAGGGGACGCCCCAUCUGCAGGACACACCUGAGCCAAUCAGCUCAUAGAAUGAUAUUGUUGGACACAUAGAUCACAACCACUGAACUCAUCUGAUCCAGUAUGUCUCAUUAGCCCCACCCCAUGGACAUACAAAAUCUAGAGCCAGAUGAGACAAUUUAUGCACUAAUGGGUUCAUCUACAUUUCUGCCAAGCUAGUGCUCUCUUGAGUCCAUCAGCCUGCGGUGUGAAUCAGGCUCAAAGAGGAAAUGUGUCUGUGUGGCUUCACCAACACUGAACAGCAUUCACCACUAGUCAAAUUCUCUCUUAGCACUGAAAUCCUCUACCCAUCCUCAUACAUGACCAACACAAUGUUCAACACAGACAAGGAAUCACAGUGUAUAUUUACAAAUCAAAUCAACAGUUCUAGAAAAUUUCACAGAUCAGGUGUUUGUGAUCAGUGGAAUUUGAUCGCCUCUGUGCCCUCACUACUGCUGUGGAGUGAUUGUUAUGUGCCUAUCCAGCAAUAGCACAAGAAACAACUGCAUAUGACAAAUACAGUGACUGGAGCCAAUGAGAGCUGAUCAAUCAAGGGGAAGUGUUUUAUGUGAGACACCCAUGUGCUCAACGUACCAGAAGAAACCUGUGCUCACCAGAAGCUCCAAUGUAAACAGACACAGUCUCUAUAGUAUACAAUACACAAACACAAAUAGUGAACCUGUGUACUAUUCUAUUACAAAUAAGCACUGAUAAUGGAAAUGUAUAUAAAACAGAAUAUCUAUUUUCAUAUAUCUCUGACCCUUUACAUACCCAGUCCAGAUAUCCAUUUUUAAUAUGAAAUAAUGAAAUUCUGGACAUGAUAGUGAUGUAAAAAUUAUUUUGGUUCUUUUCUCUUUAAUAGGUUCUUUAAUCACCACAUUUUGGGAGGGGGGAAAAAAAAGUGUUUACUUGUAUAUGAUGGCAGUAGUUCAGUCACUGAAAUUGAUGAUUCUUCAUAAUGGUUUAAUGUCCUUUUAGAAAGAAUGUUCCAGGUUCAGUACAAGUUAAGCUCAAUAGACAGCAUUUGUGGCAUAAUGUUGAUUAUCACACCAAUUAAUUUUGUCUCAUCCCUCCUUUUCUCUAAAUUAAAAAAAAAAAAAAAGAGAUUCCAGUGAGGCACUUACAAUGGAAGUGAAUGUGGUCAAUGUUUGAAGGGUUUAAACAGAAAUGUGAAGCUUAUAAUUUCAUAAAAGCACUUUAAUCAAUUCUGUUAAAACUCGUGUAUUAUUUGAGCUGUAAAGUUGUUUAAAUCGUCAUUUUUACAGUCGUUUUAGGGUUUGUUGACAUUACAUCUUCGUGGCAACAAAGUUGAAAAAUGUAUUUUAACUAACAGAAAAUGUUAGUAAGUGAUUUUAUCACACUAAAUUCAUAUUUACACACAUUGUUCAUGUCAUGUGGUUAUACUUUUUCAAAAGUAUUUUAAUGUUAAAAAGAUUGGCGCCCAUUCACUGCCAUUGUAAGUGCCUCACUGGAACCAUUUUUGCAUUUUUUUUAAGAAAAGGAGGAGCAAGUCCAAAUUAAUUUUUGUGGUAAUAUUAUGGUACAAAUGCUGUCGAUUGCACUUAACUUGCAUUGAACCCGGUAUAUUCCUUUAAAUCGUCGCUUUUUACGAUCGUUUUAUGGUUUAUGACGUUUCCUUUUAGGGAGAUAUGUCCUCAUGGCAAUGAAGUUGUAAAAUGGGAUAUAACUUUACACAGAAAAGGUAAAGCGAUUUUAUCACACCAAAAUCCUGUUAACUCCCAUAUUGUUUACAUCUGUAUUUUUUUUUUUUUUUUUUUUAAACGUUUGAUUGGACUUUUUAUAUAUAUAUAUAUAUAUAUAUAUAUAUAUAAAGAAAAGCAGGGACAAGUUGAAAUGUUUGUGGUAAUCAAUAUUAUGCCACAGCGGAACGUUAUCACUCGAUGAUCAUGCGCUACACGGACGGUUUAGCUGUUGUGCACCCUGUCUGUGUUUAUAUCAAGGUUUAACUUUUAAUGAAAUAGGGGUAUUCCUUUAACUAUGAUUGAUCUCCCUGAAUGCAAAAUACCACAUUUCUCCAAUAGGCGUCAGUAGUUCAAGUGGAGCACUGAGAAGUUUGGACGAGUAUGUUCGGAAAAACAUACUACAAAAUACUACUUUUAAUAUUGCUGCGGUAGAUAGUAUACUGUGGACUGUGUACACAUUUUCUGUAUGCAUUAGGGUUAGCAGCCAGAUGGCCAACUACAUUUACUGUACUGUAGUAUACAACAGAGCAUAUUGUGUGGAAAGACUACAAUAUAAGACAUUCAACUAGACUAUUUCCAGUGUGUUCGAUGAACCAGAAUUAAAAGCAGUUGCAAUUUUUAACAUCUCUUUCUUGACUCCCUUUUGAUCUGUCGGACAAAUGUUAAGAUAUUUUUACACAGAACUGGAUGCUGCUCGCAGAAUUCAACAUGCAACAUGAUGAGGUCAUGUGACAACAACGUUGCAUUCUAUGCAUAAUGCGUUCUGUUUCUCAUACUGUUUUUUUUUUAAAUUAUUAUUAUUAUUAUUUUAGGCAGUGUGCUGUACAUACUGUGCGGUAUUCAGUAAGCAAGCUAGUGUUCCAUUCGGAACAGCCUUUUGAGAUGUUCAUGGCUGAUUAAUACUUUGGUUCAUUUAUCACACUGGAGUUUUCUGUACAGUGUGCUCUGUUUUGCACUGCAUUUCAUACAGAAAGUUUGCAUAGAUACUACACUACAGAAAUAGUAAGCGUAGUAUAGUCUGUUUCUCCAUCUUACACACACACACAGGUAAAUCACAAAGUCAUGAAUCAGUCCUGCAGGCAGUCUUCAGCACCUGACUAACAGUUUAGGAUUGUGGAUCUGAAUGAGUUUUAAUUAUGUGAGUGUACUUUAGUCCAUGAGUAUGGAUGAAACCUCAGAUCCUCACUGUGAGAACAAACUACAUUAUUGUGUGUUCAAAGGCGAAUUAUCUGGAACAUUCUGAAUAGCGCUGGUAAUCUGCCCUCAGGUUUUCUCUGCAUGUUCCCUCAGUAUCCACAUGGAAAUGUAAAACUGAGGAAGAAUGGUCAAGGAGAGGGUCUGAAUGUGAUUAUGUUCUGACAGAUUUGUUGUUUAUAUCUCUUUGUCUUCUCUUAACCCAUUGACACGUACGAUCAAAAGGGUUAAACAUCAGAUUUGACUGACAAUUUGUUUUAGUUUAUAUUUGUUUUCUGUGGCGUUUUUGGUACAAGCAUCUUUGUAGGCAAAUGAGGUGUAUGCUUCGGUGUCUUACUGAAGAUAAUGUAUAUUUGUAAACUAUACAGGGACUGUAAAUAUGUACAUAAGAUCUUUUGCUCUUUUGUAAAAAAUUUUGUCAUAUUAAAUUGUUUUUGAAAGAGUGGUUUUAUUCUUUAGGUCACACAUAACAAAAGAGAGUGUGCCACCUAGUGUCAAUAAAAGCUUUCUUGUCUGUUUUCCAACACCUUUGAAUUCUGUGACAUUAAAGUCAAACA